AUGUCAGAGAAGAUCAAUUCUAAUCCUACUGUCUUUGCACCGACAAAAACCACCACGAGGAAGACAUCGAAGACGUCCAGAUACCUAUGGAGUGAUGAGGGUGAAUUCCAAGGCACUCUUUCAUUGACAGGAGGCUAUCCUCUAAAUUCGGACAAGGUCGACGGUGUGGAUAUAGCUGAAGAAGAGGAAGAGCCCAUUGACUCGGAGGAGAUUUUCGAUUUACUGAGGUCGAUUAACGACCCUGAGCACCCAUUGACACUGGAGCAAUUGAAGGUUGUAUCGGCCGAACAAAUCACAGUAUCCCCCAAUCACGUUAUGGUUAGAUUCACCCCGACCAUUCCUCAUUGCAGCAUGGCCACUCUCAUAGGGUUAUCUAUGAGGGUUCGUCUGCUACGGAGUUUACCAUCGCGGUACAAGGUUGAUAUUAUGAUCCAAGAGGGAACGCAUCAAAGCGAAAACGCAGUCAACAAGCAACUCAAUGACAAGGAACGUGUUGCAGCUGCACUCGAAAAUUCACACCUCCUUGGCGUAGUUGAACAGUGCUUGUCAACAGCGCACCAGAGAGGAGUAUAUGAACAAUGA